AUGUCGCACGAAGAGGAUUUGAUCGAUUACUCCGACGAGGAGCUUCAGACCACGACCGCGCCGGCCACCACUGCGGCCCCCGCUGACACUAAUGGCGACGACGACAAGAAGGGUGAUUUGACCGUCUCUGGCCGCCCCGACAAGAAGGGUAGCUACGUUGGAAUUCACUCGACUGGUUUCCGCGACUUCCUGCUCAAGAACGAGCUCUUGCGUGCCAUCACCGAUUGCGGUUUCGAACAUCCUUCGGAGGUCCAGCAAGUCUGUAUCCCGACUGCGAUCCUGAACGUCGAUGUUCUCUGCCAGGCCAAAUCCGGUCUCGGUAAGACCGCGGUCUUCGUUCUCACCACUCUUCACCAGCUGGAGCCCGUUCCCGGCGAGUGCUCCAUUCUUGUCAUGUGCCACACCCGUGAGCUCGCCUACCAGAUCAAGAACGAAUACGCCCGCUUCUCCAAGUACUUGCCUGAUGUCAAGACUGCUGUCUUCUUCGGUGGUACCCCCCUCCAGAAGGAUGUUGAGAUUCUUGCCAACAAGGAUACCCACCCCAACAUUGUUGUCGCCACCCCCGGUCGCCUGAACGCCCUGGUUCGUGACAAGAAGCUGUCCCUGCGCAACGUCAAGGCCUUUGUUCUUGAUGAGUGUGACAAGAUGCUUGACCAGAUUGACAUGCGCCGUGAUGUGCAGGAGAUCUUCCGCGCCACCCCGGCCGACAAGCAGGUUAUGAUGUUCAGUGCUACCCUGUCUCAGGAAGUCCGCCCCAUUUGCAAGAAGUUCAUGCGCAACCCACUUGAGGUCUACGUUGACGAUGACACCAAGCUUACCCUGCACGGUCUGCAGCAGUACUACAUCAAGCUCAGCGAACAGGAAAAGAACCGCAAGUUGAACGAACUUUUGGACAACCUGGAGUUCAACCAGGUUAUCAUCUUCGUCAAGAGCACUCUCCGAGCCAACGAGUUGGACAAGCUUCUGCGCGAGUGCAACUUCCCCAGUAUCGCUGUCCACUCCGGUGUCAGCCAGGAGGAGCGUAUCAAACGCUACAAGGAAUUCAAGGAAUUCAACAAGCGUAUCUGCGUUGCUACUGAUGUCUUCGGCCGUGGCAUCGAUAUCGAGCGUAUUAACCUCGCCAUCAACUACGACCUUCCCGCUGACGCUGACUCCUACCUGCACCGUGUCGGUCGUGCCGGUCGUUUCGGUACCAAGGGUCUGUCCAUCUCCUUCGUCAGCAACGAGGAUGACGAGAAGGUUCUCAAGGAUAUUGAGAAGCGCUUCGAGGUUGCUCUUCCUGAGUACCCCGAGGGUGGUGUUGACUCCUCCACCUACAUGGCUUAG